GCGUUUCGGAAAGCCAGGGCCGGGUGAAUGGUUGGCCUUGUUCCUGCCGUGCUGGUAAUCACUCCGGGCCUAUCUCUCCGGGAACCGGUAGGCCUGCCCCAUCCCGGGCCAUUAAAUGCAUUUCGGGGCAGCCACGCCUGUGGGAACGCCAGGUGCACCUUCCGCUUCCCCAGCACAGUCAUCAAGAUCCAGUUCACGGCGCUCUACCACCAGGAGGAGGCCCCCGCCUCGCCGCUGCGGCCGCUCUACCCCCAGAUCUCCCCUCUGAGGAUCCACAUUCCGGAGCCGGACCUCCGGAGCCUGGUCAGCCCCAUCCCCUCCCCGACCGGCACCAUCAGUGUUCCCAACUCCUGCCCGGCCAGCCCACGGGGGGCCGGUGCCUCCAGCUACCGAUUCGUCCAGAACGUGACCUCGGACCUGCAGCUGGCCGCGGAGUUCGCCGCCAAGGCCGCCUCGGAGCAGCAGGCAGAUGCGUCCGGAGGAGACAGCCCCAAGGACGAGUCGAAGCCGCCCUACUCGUACGCGCAGCUGAUCGUGCAGGCCAUCUCCUCGGCACAGGACCGGCAGCUGACACUAAGUCACGGCACGUGGCCCCGCAGAGCGUCCAAAAUGGGCUGGCAGAACUCUAUUCGCCACAACCUCUCCUUGAACCGCUACUUCAUCAAAGUGCCCCGCUCCCAGGAGGAGCCCGGGAAGGGGUCCUUCUGGCGCAUCGACCCGGCCUCCGAAGCCAAGCUGGUGGAGCAGGCCUUCCGGAAGCGCAGGCAGAGGGGCGUCUCCUGCUUCCGCACCCCCUUCGGACCGCUGUCCUCCAGGAGCGCUCCGGCUUCGCCCACCCACCCCGGGCUGAUGUCCCCUCGCUCCAGCGGCCUACAGACUCCAGAGUGCCUGUCUCGGGAGGGCUCCCCCAUUCCACACGACCCUGACUUUGGGUCGAAGCUCGCCUCUGUUCCAGAGUACCGCUACUCCCAAAGCGCACCCGGCUCUCCCGUCAGCGCCCAGCCCGUGAUCAUGGCUGUGCCCCCCCGACCUCCUAGUUUAGUGGCCAAGCCCGUGGCCUACAUGCCUGCGUCCAUCGUGACGGCACAGCAGCCCCCAGGCCACGCCAUCCACGUGGUGCAGCAGGCACCCCCCGUCACCAUGCUCAGGGUGGUCACGUCCUCCGCCAGCUCCGCCAAUGGGUACAUCCUCACCACCAACCAGGCCUCGGCAGGGGCCGCCCAUGAAGCAGCAGGCACCGCGGUGCUGGACCUGGGCAGUGAGGCGAGAGGCCUGGAGGAGAAGCCCACCAUCGCCUUCGCCACCAUCCCUGCCACCAGCCGCGUCAUCCAGACGGUGGCCGGCCAGAUGGCCCCUGGCGUCCCCGGGCACACGGUCACCAUCCUGCAGCCGGCCACGCCCGUGAGCAUCGGGCAGCACCCUCUUCCGGUCCGGGCCGUCACGCAAAACGGAAGGCACGCGGUCCCCACCAGUAGCGUAGCCGGCAGCGCUUACGCCCUCACAAGCCCCCUGCAGCUCCUGGCGGCCCAGGCCAAGCGCUGCUGGCUCGUGUGGCAGGCCCGGCACGGCCUCUGCCCGGAAGUGUACGCCGCAGCGGAAGGUUGCCCGGUGCCCUCAGAGCUGGCCAAGAGGUGGCCUGUGUCUGGUGGCCUGUGA